AGAGCCCGCUCCUAGUCCCCGAGCGCUCCCCACAACACAAGCCGGCGGCCUCUAGCCUGAGUUGACCGCAAGUCUGUCCCCUGGGCCUGGAGCUGCGACUCUCGGGGGCAAGCUGGAUGACCGCGGCCCGGUGUAGGGGUUCGGGGUUCCCCGCGAGAUGCGGCCCCCGAGGGGGUGGGGCGUGUCCGGUGACGUGGGCCGCACGGUCGCGUUACAAUGCCUGACCUCAUGGGCGGCUGAGGGAGGGACGGCGACCGCGCCGGAGCGGCUCAAAGUUUCCGAGCGGGGCGGGGUGGGGGGUGGGGUUCCCCGACUGCACAGUUUGGAUGUUCCUGGAGCUCUUCGUCUCUGGGGCUCAGCGAUCCUACCUCUUCCAAAGUGGAGCGAAGGCGGAGAGACGCCAGGCCUUGGAAAACCAUGACUGCCACUAGGGGAACAGCUAUAGGCAUCGACCUGGGCACCACCUACUCAUGCGUGGGUGUGUUCCAGCAUGGCAAGGUGGAGAUCAUUGCCAAUGACCAGGGCAACCGCACGACCCCCAGCUAUGUGGCCUUCACCGACACAGAGCGCCUGAUUGGAGACGCGGCCAAGAACCAGGUAGCCAUGAAUCCCCAGAACACUGUUUUUGAUGCCAAACGUCUGAUUGGCAGGAAGUUUAACGAUCCUGUUGUGCAGUCCGAUAUGAAACUUUGGCCAUUUCAAGUGAUCAAUGAAGGAGGCAAGCCCAAGGUACUGGUGUCCUACAAAGGGGAGGAGAAAGCUUUCUACCCUGAGGAAAUCUCUUCCAUGGUGCUGACAAAGAUGAAGGAGACUGCAGAGGCUUUUUUGGGCCACAAUGUCACCAAUGCUGUCAUCACUGUGCCAGCCUAUUUCAAUGACUCUCAACGCCAGGCCACCAAGGACGCAGGUGUGAUUGCCGGACUCAAUGUGCUGAGAAUCAUCAAUGAACCCACAGCUGCUGCCAUCGCCUACGGGCUAGAUAAAGGAGGUCACGGAGAGCGGCAUGUCCUCAUCUUUGAUCUGGGUGGAGGCACAUUUGAUGUGUCCGUCCUGACCAUAGACGAUGGGAUCUUUGAGGUCAAGGCCACUGCCGGUGACACACACCUGGGCGGGGAGGACUUCGACAACCGGCUGGUGAGCCACUUCGUGGAGGAGUUCAAGAGGAAGCACAAGAAGGACAUCAGCCCCAACAAGCGAGCAGUGAGGCGACUGCGCACAGCCUGUGAGCGGGCCAAGAGGACACUGUCGUCCAGCACGCAGGCCAACCUGGAAAUCGAGUCGCUGUUCGAGGGCAUUGACUUCUACACAUCCAUCACCAGAGCCCUGUUCGAGGAGCUGUGUGCAGACCUGUUUAGAGGGACCCUGGAGCCUGUGGAAAACUCUCUUCGGGAUGCCAAGAUGGAUAAGGCUAAAAUUCACGACAUUGUUCUAGUAGGCGGCUCCACGCGCAUCCCUAAGGUGCAGAAACUCCUUCAGGACUACUUUAAUGGCCGUGAUCUCAACAAGAGCAUCAACCCUGACGAGGCAGUAGCCUACGGAGCUGCAGUACAGGCAGCUAUUUUGAUGGGAGACGAGUCUGAAAAAGUACAGGAUCUGCUUUUGCUGGACGUAGCUCCCCUGUCUCUAGGACUGGAGACGGCAGGGGGUGUGAUGACUGUUCUGAUCAAGCGCAAUUCCACCAUCCCCACCAAGCAGACACAGAUCUUCACCACCUACUCAGACAACCAGCCUGGGGUGCUGAUCCAAGUGUAUGAGGGCGAGAGAGCCAUGACCCGGGACAACAACCUGCUGGGCCGCUUUGACCUGACUGGAAUACCCCCCGCACCCCGGGGCGUGCCGCAGAUCGAGGUGACCUUUGACAUCGACGCCAAUGGGAUUCUGAAUGUCACAGCUGUGGACAAGAGCACAGGCAAGGCCAACAAGAUCACCAUCACCAACGACAAGGGCCGUCUGAGCAAGGAGGAGAUUGAGCGCAUGGUUUUGGACGCAGAGAAAUACAAAGCUGAGGAUGAGGGCCAGAGGGAAAAGACCGCUGCAAAGAACGCCUUAGAGUCCUGUGCCUUUAACAUGAAGAGUGCUGUGUGCAACGAAGGCUUGAAGGGUAAGAUAAGUGAGUCUGAUCAGAAGAAAAUACUGGACAAAUGCAACGAGAUCCUGUCCUGGCUGGAGGCCAACCAACUGGCCGAGAAAGAUGAGUGUGACCAUAAGAGAAGAGAAUUGGAGAAUAUGUGUAACCCUAUCAUUACAAAACUCUACCAGGGAGGAUGCACUGGGCCUACCUGUACACCGGGCUACACUCCCAGAAGGGCUGCCACGGGCCCUACCAUUGAAGAAGUAGAUUAACUCUGUCUGGAACCAGAGGGUGCUAGGGUGCCUCUAAGAUGAAUCUCAUACCUUUCCUCUCCAAAUACCAUUAUAAUUCUUGAAUCCCUUGGACUCGAGCUUAAGUUACCAUCCUUUGGACUCUGAUGGAGAAGUCUCCUCUGCCAUCUUUCUGUUCUCUAAUAUCUUGUCUAUGAACUUGAAAUGGACCUUUAGGAAAACCAGGCCCCUCUUUGAACCAUUUGAUGAUUUGAAUGUCUGUUAUUUAUUAGACACCCCACCUUCCUUCCUGUCUGGAUGGUUGUCAGUAAAUUUGUUCCCAAAGGAAAUCA